GCCUUUGGGUGGAGGCGGAGGGUGAGACAGACCCUGCCCAGAGCUCCAAGUGGCUUCCUGCUGCUUGCCUCUAAAGCCCUCCACAUUCCUGCAGCCCUUCAGACUGCCAGAACUGUUCUGCUGCCUGCCUGCCUGCCUGCGCCGAGGGUUCCCAGCACCAUGAGGGCCUGGAUCUUCUUUCUCCUUUGCCUGGCCGGGAGGGCCUUGGCAGCCCCUCAGCAGCAGACCGAAGCGGCUGAGGAAAUAGUGGCAGAAGAAACCGUGGUCGAGGAGACUGGGGUGCCCGUGGGUGCCAAUCCAGUCCAGGUGGAAAUGGGCGAGUUUGAGGAUGGUGCUGAGGAAACUGUCGAGGAGGUGGUGGCUGAGAACCCCUGCCAGAACCACCACUGCAAACACGGCAAGGUGUGCGAGCUGGAUGAGAGCAACACCCCCAUGUGUGUGUGCCAGGAUCCCACCAGCUGCCCUGCUCCCAUCGGCGAGUUCGAGAAGGUGUGCAGCAAUGACAACAAGACCUUUGACUCCUCCUGCCACUUCUUCGCUACCAAGUGCACCCUGGAGGGCACCAAGAAGGGUCACAAGCUGCACCUGGACUACAUCGGGCCAUGCAAAUUCAUCCCUCCCUGCCUGGAUUCCGAGCUGACCGAGUUCCCUCUGCGCAUGCGUGACUGGCUCAAGAAUGUCCUGGUCACUUUGUACGAGAGAGAUGAGGGCAACAACCUCCUCACUGAGAAGCAGAAGCUGCGGGUGAAGAAGAUCCAUGAGAAUGAGAAGCGUCUGGAGGCUGGAGAUCACCCUGUGGAGCUGCUGGCCCGAGACUUCGAGAAGAAUUACAACAUGUACAUCUUCCCUGUCCACUGGCAGUUUGGCCAGCUGGACCAGCACCCCAGUGAUGGGUACCUGUCCCACACUGAGCUGGCCCCACUGCGUGCUCCCCUGAUCCCCAUGGAACACUGCACCACACGCUUCUUCGAGACCUGUGACUUGGACAGUGACAAGUACAUUGCCCUGGACGAGUGGGCCGGCUGCUUCGGCAUCAAGGAGCAGGACAUCAACAAGGACCUGGUGAUCUAAGUUCACACCACCCUCUGCAGUCCUGGAUUCUCUCUCCCUCUGAUGUCCCUCUCUUCCAUUCCCCCCCUUGUUUAAAAUGUUUGGAUGGUUGGCUGUUCUGCCUGGGGAUAAGGUGCUAACAUAGACUUAACUGAAUACAUUAACGGUGCUAAAAGAAAAAAAAAAGGAUACUAUAACCUAAGCCAUGACAUUUCCCCACAUAACUUGACUCUGGGGUGUGACGCAUCCACAGGCCCCUCCUCCUCUGCACUGCCCAGUGUCUCACGGGCUGUGUUGGAAAUGGAGUCGCACAAGUUUGCCUUCCACAAGCAUGAGGUGUUCAGCUUUCAUUUCUAUUCUCCACUUGACUCUAACACUCACCCACUCAGACUCUGUGCUUAUUUCAUUUUGGGGUGGGGGCUACAUGGGGAGUCUUCCCCUGAUGGUUUGGAGGUAGGCAAAGGGAAGUUACAGACACAGGAUACAAGGAUGUUCUGAGACCUGAGGAUCCACCAGUCAGAACCCAGAUAGUCAUGGUAGCAUAGGUCAACGACUGAGAGAAUAUUCCAGAGCUGUGAUGUGCAUGUGCAGACUCUCAGCAGCCCAAGACCUCACUAUCUCCUCCACUCUUCAGGCAGUUUCUUUCCAUGUUUGGCUGUUGGUUCAAAUUUUGGCAAGCCAUGGGGCUAUGGGUGGACCAGAACAUCUCACAGGAUUCUGCCGGUUAUGGGCGUUCAGGCCUUUUCCUGGGGGCUCCAGGCACUGGGAGGCUGUUUCAGGAAAGUGAGACUCGAGAGGAAGACAAAGAGGGUUGUAACGUCGAGAAAGUGAAGCUGGCGAAUUGGUUUGAUUUUCACAUCUAGAUGACUGUCAUGAAGUUUCUAGCACGCCCUCCACCCCUACCCCACUACUAACCAUCUACUAAUCAAGAGAAACUUCCAAGUCAGUGGAAUGGUCGGAUCUCACAGGCGAAGAAUUUGUUCACCUCCAAGCAUUUCAUGAAAAAGCUGCUUCUCAUUAAUCAUGCCAACUCUCACAAUGACGUGAAGAGCUUGACGAAUCUUUCAAAAUAAAAAGUAACGACUUAGAAACUGCC